AAUGCACAAGAAGUAAUUGAAUGAGCGAGCCUCUCUUGUGACUUCAGUUUGGCUUUGAGAGCUCUCGUACAAAGUUGGAAUAUAUAUGUUUAUAAUUCGCUGAUUAAACUGUGUUCAUUUAUAUGUCUGAAUGUUUUUUAAAUGAAUCAUUUAUUAAUUGAAUAAAAUAAUAAAUAAUUUUGACUACUUAAAUCUAUAAAAAAAUGAAAUCAAAUUUUUUAAUUCUACAUACGUUGCUAGUUGUUAUUUUCUUCGACAGUGUUUUAGCGCGUUUAAUUUCUCAUAAUGAUGGAUUUACCCUUAGAGUUAUUCACACAAACGACAUGCAUUCCAGAUUUGAACAGACAUCGGCAAUUGCUACAGAAUGCCAAACAGCAAAUGAAACUGAAAGAAAAUGUUACGGUGGCUUCGCUCGCCUCGCAACUUUGAUAAGGGAAGCACGGACAUCUAAUAUUCCAACCCUUUUCCUCAAUGCUGGUGAUACCUACCAAGGUACUGCUUGGUUCAGUGUACACAAAUGGAAGAUUGUAUCAAAGUUUUUGAACAUUCUCAAACCAGAUGCCAUGUCUUUAGGGAAUCACGAAUUUGACGAUGGUCCAGAUGGUUUAGUACCUUUCAUUAGAGAAGCAACAUUUCCUAUUGUAACAGCCAAUUUAGAUCUUUCCAAUGAAACUGAAUUGGCAGCUACACCGUUAAAAAAAAGUAUUAUUCUCAAUGUGAAAGGUCACAAAAUUGGUAUCAUUGGAUAUGUCACACCACAGACGGAGUUGAUUUCUUUUUCAAGAAACGUUAAAUUUCUCGAUGAAAUUACAGAAAUACGGAAAGAAGUAAAAAAACUACAAUCUCAAGGAAUAAAAAUUUUAAUUGCUGUUGGUCACUCUGGUUUUGCUGUUGACAAAAAAAUUGCUGCUGAAGUUGAUGGGAUUGAUUUAGUCAUUGGUGGACACACGAAUACUUUUCUGUAUACUGGAAUACAUCCAGACAUUGAAAUUCCAGAAGGACUUUAUCCUACUGAAAUAAUGCAAGAAAGUGGUAAAAAAGCUUAUGUUGUUCAAGCAUAUGCUUACACGAAAUAUUUGGAGAAUCUCACAAUCGAUUUUGACCACAAUGGAGCUAUCGAAAGUAUUUUUGGUGAUCCAAUUCUACUCGACAGUAGCAUCAAAGAAGCACAAGAUGUUUUGGCUGAACUUGAAAAAUGGCGACCUGCUUUAGAUGAUUUAGCAAAACAGGAAGUCGGUUCAACAACUGUUUUAAUUGACGGAGAUAGUAAAAGUUGCAGGAGACAAGAGUGUAAUUUCGGUAAUCUUAUUACGGAUGCUAUCGUCAACUAUCACGCAAACCAAUACUCUAAGACCGAUGGAUGGACUGAUGCACCAAUUGCUUUUGUAAAUGCUGGAGGCAUUAGAUCAUCGAUUGAUAGAACUCCCAGUGACAUGAUUAUGAUGAGUGAUGUUCUUGCUGCACUGCCAUUCAAUACAAGUGUAGUUAAAUUAGAAAUAUUGGGGGAGGUGCUUUUGGAAGUACUUGAAUGGAGUGUAUACACACUUGAUGAAGGAGAUACAAGCAAUCUUAAUGGAGCGUUUUUGCAGUAUUCGGGAAUUCAGGUAACCUAUGAUCUAUCGAAGCCUGGUGGGUCAAGAGUUAUUUCUGUUUUCGUCCGUUGUUCAAAAUGCAGAGUUCCAAGCUAUAAAAAAUUGAAAAACAACUCAAUGUACAGUGUGCUUACAGGUCAUUUUUUGAGAAAUGGCGGAGAUGGUUAUAAAAUGCUAGUAAAUCUCAAAUGGAGUUCAGAAGGCAUUACUACAGACGCAGUUCUAGUUGAGUAUUUGAAAAUGCAUAGUCCGAUACACCCAGAAGUUGGUUGGAGGAUCAACUUUGUAAUACCAUCCAGAGAAAGGAAAGUAAAUCAUUCCGAUAGUAUCAACAGUGGGUCGAAAAUAUUUCGACGUACUAUUCUUUUUCCUCUUUUUUUAAUGCCCUUGAUGUUUUAUCGAAUGGCUUGAAGUAAUAUAACAAUAUGUGCGAAAAAAUAUCAAAUUUUUAAUUUUUUUAUUAUUUUAAUGUCAACUAGUAUAUCGUUUCUACAAGAGUUUCCAAAUACCUAUUCCCAUUUAUUCCUAAGACUCAGAGUAAAUAUAAAGGUCUAUACAUAGUAUAAUAUAGUAUAAUAAUAUUAAGAAUGAAUGAUAAAAUAAAGUAAAUCAAUAAUUAUAUAAUAUAAUAAAUACUAUAUUUUGUUACGAUAUACAUAUGCAUAUAUAUAUAUAUAUAUAACAGUGUCGGAGUAUUGAACGACAUUUUCAAGUCAUAUUUUUAAUCUUUUUAUUAAAUUUUUGCUUUUACUUCAACUUUAUUACUAUUACGAGGAUGUCAAUCCAAAUUUUAAAUUUUUAUAAUAAAUAACAAAGGGCGUACGUUCAUGCAUGGAGAAUUAAUAUAUUAAAAUCAUUGAUGUAUUAUUUCAGAGUUUUUCGGUCAUAUUCAUAAUCUACAAAUGGGACUCUCAUAAUUUUCUCAAAAAAAUAAUGUCGUAUUCAAUAGAUCAUGCACCGGACAUAAAAAAUGUUGACAUUAUCACCAGUGAACUGAGUGAUAUGGUUAUCAAUGUUAUAAGGCGUUUUUAUCCAACUACACAAAUCCGCUGCUCUUUAUUUUAUUACCAAAAGGUAUGUGAAUUAUUAUGAUAAUUAUUCAAAAACUAUUGAUCUAGAAAAAUUUAAAAAAUACAUUUACAAUCAAGUCAUACAUCAAAAUAAAACUCUAUUUUGAUAAUUAAAUUUUAUAUAAUCAAUGAUUUAUUAUUGUCAUUAUGAAAAAAAAUGUAUUAUAAAAAAAUUUAAUAAUUUUUUUAUUUGACAAUAUUUAAUUGUUACAUAUAAAUAAAAUUUACAUGUGUUAUUUUUUUUAUUGGGUUCUAUCAUUCUGAGACAAUGUCAACAACACAUUCAAAAAUUCCAGUUACCAUUUGUUCAAUCAGUUGAUAUUGAAAGACAUUGAAUGUAAAUUAAAUUUGGAUGACUAAGUAGAUAUACAAGUAAGGAUGUGCGAUACUCGGCGAUAUAUCGGAUACUUUUACUCGAUAUUUUUUGAUCCGAUAUACCGAGUAACCGAUAUUUUUUACCAGAUAUCGGUCAAAAAGUACCGGAGACUACAGAUUGGGGAUUUCAGCAAUUUUAAAAUAUAUAUUACCUAUAUUACUUACUGAGAAAUAUUAUUUUAUAAACAAUUAUAUAAAUUGAAAUGAUAAAAAUUAUUAUUAAUUCAAAAUAUUUAAUAAAUUUAUCCAAUAUUAGAUAUUGUUUUGUAUUUAUUAAAAAUACAUAUAUACAUAUAUAUUCAUGUUAAUAUAUAAUAUUAUUAUUAAUCUUAAUUAUUACUAAUUAUGUUGAUAAAAAAAUUUUAUGUGAAACAAUUUAAAUUUGAAUACAAUAACAGGACCAGUAUUGAAUAAUAUCAAUACUGAUAUAAUUAAAUAAAAUAAUAGUUAAGAUAAAAAACUCAUUAAACAUUGGUCCUUUUUUUUUAUUUUAAAAGUACUCGACAUUCGAUAUAACGAGUAUUUUUCAACCCGAUAUACCGGAUAACCGAUAUUUGAAAAAAAAAUAUCCGAUAUAUCGGUACCGAAUACUUUUAAAAGUAUCGCACAUCCCUAUGUACAAGAUAAGCACAGUAUGUUACUCUGCUAAAUGGAUAUAAAAUUGGAGCUGGCAAAAUGUUAUUGACUACUCUUGUUGAUUAAAACGAUAAUAACUAUAUUAAAUUUUUUUUUAUAUCUUAAACCAGUAUUAUAUACCAGUACUAUAAGCGAUGACAAUCCAAGCAAGUGCACUGUGACUCAAUGAUGCAGCAGUUAUUGGUGGAAGUUCAGCUUCAUAAAGACUAUAUAAUAAGCUCAAUAAACAACUUAUAAAAAAUAACCAACCAAUGAAAACUGUAGCUAUAACAUUCACAGAAAAAAAAAAUAUACUUAUCAAGAAUUAUAUAUUCGUUGAUUAAUUUUAUUUAGUACCUUUGACAUAACUUUACAAUCAGUUAAAAAAAAAAAAAAAUCAACAGACAUUCCAAUAAAAUACGGUCCAAGUCUUGUCUAUGGCUUGUCAUGAAUUUUCUCAAAUAAUGCAAGAGGAUCAUCUGAAAUUGGCAUGUGAUUCUUUAUCAAUGCAAUAAUGUAACCAGUUAAUAUCUAUGAACUUAUCAACAAAGUAACAACUGUAAAUGCUGAAUUUUGAAAUGAGUUGUUGCAACGACUAAAUUAACUUCUCCAAUUAUAUAAAACUAUGCAUCAUCAGCCAAAUACCAACUCCACAACAUACACUGUAAUAAAUCAAACAAAAAUUGUUUUCAUAAUAGGGUUUUUUUAUUAAUGUAGAAACAUUAUUCAAUUACUAUUUGUUUAACUAGAAAUAAUAUAUUACCAGUUUCUCCUUUUAUAAUUAUCAAUUAGCAAAAAUAUCUAAGGUUUUAUCGUGAUUGUUCUGAAGAGAAAAAAAAACAUAAAAUAAGUAAAUAAAAUAUCAGCAAGUCAUUAUUUAUUUAUAAUAUAAACAUUGAGUAUUAUUUUAUAUUGUACAUCUUACUUAAUUCUGUUGAUAUUGAAGCUCCUGUGACCUCUAGAUUUGAGUUUAUUCAUUUCUAUCUAUUCAAUCAAUUAAUUUUGUCUAUUUUAAAAAAUAAUAUGAGAAAUGUACUGACAUUUAAUACAUAUAAACAAUAACUAUACGUUAUAUUUUGUGCUUACAUGGAAAUAUUAAUAUUUUGUAAACCUGCCUUAAAGUUACUGCUCCUUACCUCGCUUCCUGUAUAUUUUAUAUUAUACAUGGUGCAGGGAUUAUUAAGCCGGACCGGGCUUCCGUAGUGGCAAGUUAGAAGAAAUAAUUAUUGAGUUUUUUUUUUUAUUCGAAUUAUAUAGUUAUUAUCUAACAAAUUCCAACAAUUGACAACGAUUCUCAUUAUUUCGGUUUAUUUGUCGUGACAAUUAUUUGAAGACUCAAAUAAUAUAUAUACGCAAGUUGAAUUCGGAGAAAAACCAGGGAGUUUAUUUCUACCAGGGACAUUUUAAUUGUAUAAAUGAAUAUAGUAUUAAAUAGUUUGUGAUGUGUAAGCGCAAAUGGAUAAUUAUAUUCAUUAAUUUUUUAAAAUAAAUACUAUAUACUUGAAUGAAUAUUUUUUUUUUCGAGUCAUAACUGUUUUCAAAAAUCAUUUUUUUAUAUUUUAAUUUUUUUUUAGUAACAUUUAAAUUAAAAAAAAAA